AUGGAUGUGCUCGCCCUCAUUAUUUAUGGGAUUGUCUUAUUCCCAAAUGUUGAAAGCUUCAUUGACUUUGCUACGAUCGACAUCUUCCUGGCCUUCAAACAUGAAAGAAAGAGUCUCGUACUAGCCAUAAUCCUUGCUGAUACAUAUCAUUCUCUUACCUUGCGCCAUGAGAGACGGGGUGGGAUGAUUUUGUGUUGUCUGCCUAUACUAUACUUGUGGUUCACAUCUUGGAUGUUCAAGAGAGGAAGUCAAAUUGAGAUUAAAAAUAAGAGUGAAUGGGCUCACAGCAUAACAAAUCUUAGUGAAAAGAUCAUCUCUUGGUACUCGCAAAAGCAAAACAUUGAUGAAGUGGUUUGUCAAUGUGGAGAUUUCCCGAAUGUACCACUUUUGGGUACUAAGGGAUGCGUAAACUACAACCCCGCUCUUGCGAUAAGGAAACUAGGUUAUCCGAUCAGAAGUCCACCAGUUAAGGAUUCAAUUACUCCUUUCAUGGUUUAUGAUAUGACUAAGGAGUUGGAUAUGCUUAACAAGAUUAGACAUUCUUGGGACAUGGUGAUCAAGAAAGGGAGAGAGUUGGGAAAAAGAAAUUGUAAUGUGGAGGGGAGUUAUCAACAGUGGCUUAGCGAGAGGGUCCAACAUGUCAAGUUACCAUUUCGGAGUCCCAUUCUAAUUAUUGAAGGAACACCAAUUCAAGAACCCAUGAGUCAAGAGGAGAUCGAAAAACUUAAAGAAGAGUUAGCCAAAUUUGAGAAAUAA